AUGGCUGCAAGUCAAGCAGAAGAAGGAGAAAGUGGAAGGUAUGAAAUUAUGAAAAAGAAGAAAAAAAAAAUGGAUAGGUUGGCCCAGAAAUUUGUUUGGACUUGUGAGGAAGGAAAGGGACACAGUGACACACAGUCACGCACACGCUCUUUUUCUCUUUCACUCUCCAGUUUCUUCCUCCCGAAGAACCUCACUGAACCCUCACAAGAUCUCUCUUCAGCUUUGGUUUAUUUUGUUUCCUCUUAA